AUGGCAGAAGAAGAUUUAUCAAAAUUAUGGGAAGGCCUAAAACUAACAGAUAACGAGGAAGCUUUGGUGAAGCUAGAAGAACAAGAUGUCCUGGCAGCGGCUCAAAGAGGUACCAACUGCUUGCUGGCUAUGGUUAUUUGCAAGAGAAAUUUCAACAAGGAAGCAUUUCGGUCAACAAUGCCUCAAGUGUGGAAAACUGAGAGGGGUAUAACGUUUACAGAAGUUGGUGACCACACCUUCAUUAUAGAAUUUAAACAGGCCACUGAUAAAACCAGAGUAUUACAAGGCAGGCCAUGGACCUUUGAUAGAAAUCUAAUAGCCUUCCAGGAAGUAGACAACAGCCUCCCUCCAAAUGCAAUCAGGUUCUCCCAAGAACCCUUUUGGGUGCAACUACACAAUGUUCCCUUUGCUGGUAUGACAGUAGAAUACGGCAACCAGAUAGCAGCCUCUAUUGGGAAGGUAAUCACAGUCGAAGUAGACAAAGAAGGAAAAAGGUGGGGUCGAUGCCUUAGAGCACGAGUGGUGGUAGACAUAACAAGACCACUAGUAAGAGGAAGAUGGCUACAACUGGCGGAGAAGAAGAUCUGGAUUGCUUUCCAAUAUGAGAGAUUGCAAAAUUUCUGCUUUAGAUGUGGAACAAUAAAACACCAAGGAAGGAGCUGCCAAAAUAUGAGAUUCAGCAACCAUCAACAAGCUGAAAAUGCACAAUACGGACCCUGGCUAAGAGCAACUCCACUCAGACUAUCCAACGCCUUCUCCAAGCAAUACGGGGGGAAACUAGAAAAUGAAGCACCGAGCUCAAAACAACAACCACCAACCACAGUGGAGGAAGGCAGUGGGGUGAGAGGAAACAGCACAGUACCCAUGGGAAGUCAAACAGUACAAAGUAAGGAGGAUAGUAUGGCACCAGAUCGAGGGGAUCCCAAAAAGCAAGUCCCAAAGCAAGCUGUACCUGCAACCCCCCAGAACUGUCAGGAAAGCAGCCCAAGUAGAAGCAUGGUAGUUAGCCACACGACAGGUGAGUUGUUAAAUAAUGUUCUUAUUGUCAAUCCCCACCUUAUGACAAAAGUACCCCUGCAUACCUCAGCUCAUCCAUUUAGUCAAACCCCAAAAAUACCCCCAAGUGAAAACACGGCUGUAGCUGAUAUGGACCAGGAUGAUUUCUUUGCAAUCUCUGCUACCAAAGUGGACCAACACACUCACCCACCAAAAACCACUCACUGCAUUAAAAAAGAACCAACUGGAUAG